GUGAGAUCUUUGGCUGUUUGCCAUGGCGCAGCCUGUCUCUACUUGCUGGGUGGAUGAGAGCGCUUGGACAACUGCCAGCCAGGGUGACAGCGACAACUCACAGGCACUCGGUAACGCUGGCUCAGAGGCAUGGCCAGUUCCUCUGCUGCAAGGACGGCUGGCCUGAAUUGGGAGAGGUCAUGGAGGAUGCUGCCUGGCAGGUCGCGCCGGGCGAGUUUCCGGACGCUUGGCCCUGCGUCAGUGCUCAACAACGAGAAGGCGAUGUGGAGGGCUGGGACGCUGCGCGCACGGGUGCUUUUGCGGAGCCCUGGCCGGCCAAGGUUGGUUCUGCCCGGGGAGCGCACCUGGCACGGCUGGAAGCACGGCUGGACAAGCUGCGGAAAGCGCCCACGCGCGAGACCUGCAUGCGCUUGCGGGAUUUUGCUGCAGCGCAACGCGCUCCAAGGUUUGAUCAAGGAGCGUGUUCAGAGGAGGUGCCGUUGCUGGCAGCGGUCUAUGUCACGCAAGGUUCGGACAGGAGCAGGCAGUCGCGUAAGAAGCCUUCGCAGAAGGUUCCUGAUGCAAAUAUUCGUCAAAGGGUGCAAUGCUUUUUGGACGAGAAGCUGUGCACCACAUCCCGGAUGCUUGUGGACUUUGUGUCCUUGUCCAACGCAUCAUUCCUGUUUCUGGUCUGGGUGAAAGUGAAUCAGCUUGGCAUCGACGGUGUCCCGCCCUAUGAUAUCGCAGUGGUUCCGAUAGCUUUUUUCAAUGUUGGGCUGUCUGCCCUAUUUCAAGCUGACUACUUCCCGAACGAGAGGCGUUCAGUGGAAGUCUACGCCCUGCUGUGGAAUCUAAUGCUUGUUCUGGUCAAGGUCUUCGCGGACAGAUGCAACAUUACCGACCGAGACGAUACGAUCCUGGCCUAUAGGCUUUGUGCAGGGUUUUCUUUUGGAGAUCACCGCAAAGCAGCUGCAAUGCAGGUUCUUUGGGGGGUGCUGCAAGCCUAUAAGCCACACAUCGGAACCAUGGCCUGGGAUGCCAUUGUGUGGGAGUUGCAAAGACAGAUGUUCACUAUAGGCCACAUGUGGUUGCUGUGGUACGGAGCAGAGUACGCUGUCACACAGCUGUCUCAGCUCAUCAUCCAGAAUGCGGACGUGAAUGCCUCCCUGGAGGCCGCUCGCGCCGUGCUGGCCAGCCAGUGUGAUGCGGAGGCUUACCUGAGCGAAGACCUUGCCUUUCAGAACCCCUCAGCCAAGCUCGCUCACAUCUUGGGGGUGGGCGAGCCGCAGCUGCAGCAGAAGUGCAUCCUUGAUUUGCUGAGCGACGCAGACCAGGAGCGCUUUAAGAAGUUUGUCGAGGCAUCUGUGUACAACAUGAACAAUGGACAGCGGACUGCUGCAGGCUUGACAGUGACGCUGCAGCAUCCAAAGGGGCCGCGGGAUGUUCAGAUUUACUUGGGCAGCAUCCCGGCCCAGUUUGGAUCUGACAGGCCUUCCCACCUCAUUGCCUUAAACGAGGUCCGCGACCUAUCGGCAUGCGAACCCACGGAGGAGGAGACACCACCCCAGCAGCAGCUGCAGCAGCAGCCGCCGGUGAGCCCACAUGCUGGCCAGUCUGAGGACACAGGCGGCAUGCGCCUCAACGCCGAUGCCUUGGCUUACCACACCGGUUGCCACACCCGCUCCUGGGCCUAUGACGGUGGAGGCUCGCUCCUGGGCUAA